AUGAUUUCAUUAUAAGAUCUAUCACCAACAUUAUGGAAAUCACCAGAUAAAGAGGGUGAAUUAAAGAAACAAGGACAUGUAGUAAAGAAUUGGAAGAAAAGAAAGUUUAUUAUUCAAAAUGAUAUGUUAUUUUAUUUUAAGGAUAAAGAGGAGAGACCAGUUGGAGCGGUGCCAUUAAGAAUGUCACGUUGCUAUGAAAAUAAAUCAUUAGGUAAACCAAAUUGUUUCGAAUUAGUAUCACCAAGAAUCAAUAAAACAUUUUUCAUUCAAGCCAAUACACCAGAUGAAAUGGCAAGUUGGAUGAAAGCAGUUGAGAAAGGAUCAGAAUAUAGCACAGUAUCACAACCAUUCAAUCUUAAACAUGAGGUACAUGUUGAUUUCAAUUCAGCAACUGGUUUCUCUGGUUUACCAAAAGAAUGGGAAGUUAUCUUAAAGUCUUCAAAUGUUUCAAAACAAGAAGUACUCGAUAAACCAAGUGAAUGGUUAUCAGUUUUAGAAUUUCAAGCUGGUAGAACAAUGGAAAAAUCAAAUUCUCAAAAUUUAUCUGCACUUCCUGAUGAAUCAAAUUUAACUCUUAGUGAUUUAGUAACAAAAGAAGAUCCAACUAAAAUUUAUAAAAAUAUGACAAAGAUUGGAGAAGGUGCAGCAGGAGAAGUAUUUGUAGCAACAUCAUCAAAGAACAAUAAGAGAGUUGCAAUUAAAAAGAUUGAAAUUAACAAUGAUAAUGCCAAACUCUUGGUAACAGAGAUUGCAAUUAUGAAGACAUCACAUCAUGAUAACAUUGUAAAUUACAUUGAUAGUUAUAUAGUGAACGAUAGAGAACUUUGGGUUGCAAUGGAGUUUAUGGGUGGUGGUUGUUUAACAGACAUUUUAGAGGCAUUUGAUAAUAUCAAAAUGAGUGAGAUUCAAAUUGCUUAUGUGGUUAAAGAGACCUUGAAGGCAUUGCAAUACAUUCAUAGUCUUCAUCGUAUUCAUAGAGAUAUAAAGAGUGAUAAUAUUUUAUUGGGCUCAGAGGGUAGUGUAAAGAUUGCUGAUUUUGGUUAUGCCGCUCAAUUAACUCAAAAACAACAAAAACGUAAUACCGUCGUUGGUACCCCUUAUUGGAUGGCCCCAGAACUCAUUAGAGGUCACGAUUAUGGUGUCAAGGUUGAUAUUUGGUCUUUGGGUAUCAUGAUGAUGGAAAUGGCUGAAGGUGAACCACCUUAUAUGGAUUUCCCACCAUUGCGUGCUCUUUUCCUCAUCACUACUAAAGGUAUUCCACCACUUAAAGAAACAACCAAAUGGAGUAAAACUUUCCAAGAUUUCUUCUCAAAAUGUCUCGAUAUCAAUGUUGCUAAUCGUCCUGAUGCUACCGAUCUUUUAAAACAUCCUUUCAUGGAUUUGGCAUGUGAUUCCUCUGAAUUUAAACCAUUAAUUCAAGCCGCAAGAAAUGUUUAA